GAGCCGAUUACUCAAAAAACCCACCUGUUUCCAGCACUGUUUUCUCUUCAUCAACAACCAUGAGCAACACUACUUCUAGCCACAACCAUUCCCAUUGUAUCAAUGAACAAGACCAAAAAGCCAUCACAAACAAGCGUUAUCUGCCACUUUUGUUGAUCAACUAUGCCUGCCUCUUUGUGGGUUCUUUAUCCUCAAGCUUGCUCUCUAAGUACUAUUUCAAUCACAAAGGCUCAAGCAGAUGGGUUUCAACUUGGGUUCAAUCUGUUGGAUUCCCUCUCCUUGUCAUCCCCAUUUUCCUUCCUUAUUAUCUAUUUAAGUCCACUGAGAGAAAACCCUUCACUCAUUUCACUCCCAAAAUCCUAGCUUUGUCUAUAUUCAUAGGCCUGAUGCUUGGCCUAAACAACCUUUUUUUUUCAUGGGGCAACUCGUAUCUCCCUGUGUCCACCUCUUCUCUGCUUUUAUCAUCCCAAUUAGUAUUCAAUCUCAUUCUAUCUGUAAUCAUCGUGAAGCAAAAGAUCACUUUCAUGAAUCUCAACUGCGUCAUCUUACUAACACUGGGUUCAGCCCUGCUAGCCUUAGAGUCCAACCAUGACAGACCCCAGGGCCUGACCCGAGCCAAAUACUUCAUUGGGUUUAUAGCAACCAUAGGUGCGGGGCUGCUAUUCGCACUAUAUCUUCCAAUUAUGGAGAUGAUAUACAAGAAAGUCUACUGUUAUGCAAUGGUGAUGGAAAUGCAGCUAGUGAUGGAGAUAGCAGCGACUGCGUUAGCGAGCGUUGGGAUGGCAUGGGACGGUGGAUUUGCGGAGAUGAAAAGGGAGGGAAGAGAGGUGUUCGACAAAGGGGAGAGGGUGUAUUGGGCGACGGUGUUGUCGAACGUGGUGAGCUGGCAGCUUUGCUUUAUGGGGACGGCAGGGAUGGUGUUCUUGACAUGUUCGUUGACUGGAGGGAUUUGCAUGACAGCGUUGCUGGUGAUGAACGUGUUGGGAGGGGUGUUGGUGUACAGGGAGGAGUUUGGUGGGGUCAAAGCUGUGUCGACUGUGAUGUGUGGAUGGGGGUUUUGUUCUUAUGUUUAUGGGAUGUAUGUUAAGAACAAGAUGAAGCAAUUGGAUCCUGAUCUUGAUCACAAACAAAUCACGAAUAUUUCUCCUCCCAAUCUCAUCCAAAUGGAUCAAAUUGUAGCUCCUUCACCUCAUCAUAAUGGGGUUUGAAACUGUUUUUACCCAUUGAUUAGAGUAUAUAAUGAAAUAUUUUCAUGUCCAU